CAGAGCCAGAGAUAGUGCAACUCGCUCUGUUAGAGGUGGUGCGAGGCAACUUUCUCUUGAUAUUGGAAGGCUCUCUGCCUACUGUGGUCUUUAGUCCCUUUGUUGAAGGUGCUCCUGCCAACGCCGUGCUCUGUCACACCCUGUACUCCGGUCGACACGCCGUGUUUUAGACUGCAUUGCCAAGGGAGAAAAAAGAUUCAUGCAGGUUAUGUGAGAGGCGACCGUGAAGCAGGAGCUGUGGAGAUGAUACCCUCAUGUUGAGUCUUCGUCUCGUGUCAACACGAUCUUUGAAACAGCCGUAGUCAUGUGUCGCGAUCGCGAUAUGAAUCCUUGAAUUCCCUCGUCUCUAUAAUACACCAAUUAUUUACUCGAGAUUUAGUGGUCAGUAUUCCCUGUCAUCACUGUCGGAUUGGCUAUUAAUCCACUGCUGCUCCAUAUUGUUGAUUCUGGUUUACGUGUGGCGCAAGAAGCCCCUCUCCUCCGAGAACAUCGUCGAUUUUCAAGACUCUAUCUCCGCAGAUGAAACAGAAAACAAUAACACCGUACCCUGUGAAAUAGAACAUUUCUAAAUGUAAUUAUCGACGUUACGCGACACAGUGGGCUGCCCAGAUUGUUUUUAUAAUCCCAGGACCGAGUGCCCUCUUUGGUCUCGUUAUCAUCUCCCAGUUGCUGGGCACUGCCAAGACGAUCUGCAACACAUUUCGUUGAGCCAGCACAUCCCAUGCUAGGCUGCCAACAUCACGACUACAUCAUUGGCUCUGCUUACUUCUCCAGUUGCAACAGCGCGUUCUGAACUUGUUCUCUAAUAUCAGGCAUAAACAAUAGUUUUCACACUAGCUAGUGUCGGUUAAUUGUGUAUCAACAGUAAGGAAAAAGUUUAAACAAUUGUGUAUCAACGGGAAGGAAAAAGUUUAAAUACAUUUCUGCUGUGUUAAAGCUGUUGUGUUGUCUUGAAAGACGCUAUCUCUUUAGGCUGUGAAGGUGUUAAUUUACUUUGAAGCGCAGUGAAUCGAUCACGUCACUUCGGCGUCGAGGUUUGAACUUGAAAGACAAGGAUUGACUUCCACGUUGGGGCUUUGUGAUCUGCUGAGAGGAGUCUUCUUCAGUCCGAUUGAUGCAGUGAUCUACUGAAGACGUGGGUUAUUGAGAUUACUAGUAUUAGGUGAUUCUCUGAAAAAAGUUAGCUUGCUGUUGGCUCGUGUCGGUGUUUUCUGAAUAGAUCAAGGCAUAAAAAUUGAUAAUUGCAAAGGCCAACCAUUUACUGAUAGGUCCACGUUAUUAAGUAAUAAUAGAUAUCAGGGAGAGGUUUCUAAUACUGCUAAAGUUUAACAAAGAAGUAUUAAGUGUUCGGCCUCCGCAAACUCCUCUCUCGUGACGCAUAAAAUUCCCCGAGUCUGACCGAAACACGAACACGAAGAAACUCGUCGGCCGUACUUCAACAGCCUGUCCCGCGACCUUCGUCAGAGAGUUUGUGUCGGAGAUCGUAGGACCCUCCCGGGCCCCGAACACAUCAAUACGGCGUCCUCUACUGCAACUCUCGCUGCUUGCUUUAAGGGCCCCACUCCGGCCACGUCUUGGCCAUCUAUUGCCCUCUACUCUGUCCCCUCAUCAUCGCCACGAGCAAGACAAGACCUUACUACGCUCUGGUACGUGGCCGUACUGCUUGGGGCCGCCCCCCACCGUCGUAACCACUCUAACAAAGUCCGACGCAAGACCGCGUCUCUUGUGCGUCGGAAGAAGAAGACCUACUGCAAAGUUCGCCGCAAGGCCUCACUCCAUAUUUUAGGCUGACGUGUAAAUCAAGUGUUGAAUUAAUUCUCGAAAAUUCAUACUAUAUUUUCUGGACUUAUGAAACUUGUGUGGUGAACCUUUGCACUUGGCCGUGUGACACGUGAUUGUAGUUGCCAAUUUUGCUGGAUUCAUUCAGUGUUGAGCUUGAGAACUUGUUUGUAGAUCUCAUUUGCCUGCGCUGGAAAUCCAGAAAAGUAUCGAGGGCUCACAGAACUCCUCCGACGGCAGCAGUAGUCCAGUUGUCUAUGUUGGGACUCACUCUUCUGUUCGUCUAAGCCAACUUCGUGCAAAAAUUUGGCCUUUCGGGAAGUCAGGAGGUUCGGAGGUUUCCCGCAAAUCGGAGUCUGCAAUGCGGCGACCAACUCUCUGCUGCGACAACCAGUCUACUGCCGACGUGGAUUCACCAUGCAAAGAUCAAGGUGGCACUUUUGCCCGCAUGCGGAGGCUGUUCCUAUCAAAGCCACUCUCACGACGCUCCCUAUCGGGGAGCCACAGUUCGACCAAGCCCCAGCACCGCGACCCUGGAGCCUCCUUCCUGACGAGGAGUGAGCUGACGAGAGGCUCCUGCUCGUCACGUCCCGCCCUGCCGCUCCUCCAGCUCGACAACUCGUUCCUCUUCAUCGAGCAGCAGGUGCUGGGGGCUGAUCUUGAGGUGGUCAUCAGAGGCCCUAAGAGCGAGCAGGGCGUCCCACAGCUCGUGUACCAGCUCUGCUCGUACAUCCUCAACCACGACGUGGACUCGUCAGCAUUGGUGUACGAAGAGUGGUGCAGCAGUGACGUGAAGGAUGUGCUGUCUCGUCACCCUCGCUGCAGUUCCCUCGAGGCCUGCAACGUCGCGCCUCUGCUUCGUCUCUUCGUAGAGCGUCUGCCUGCGCCGCUACUGCCGCACUCAACCGCUGUCGCCCUCGUCGGCAUGGCUGCAGACGACUCGGCGCCGACGGAGGCUCGUCGCCUGCUACUGACGCAGGUGUCGCCGGGCAGCCUGAGUCUCCUGCGCUACCUCACCGCCUUCGCCAGCUGCCUCAGCCACUCCAACAGAUGCGGGGGUGGCGAGACUUGGGUAUUGUUGGCUGCAGGCGCCGUGGGGAGUCGCAGCGAGGACCGCGCGCUGGGGAGGCCCGUGGCAGAGUACCUGCUGCGCCACAGCCUCGCGCUCUUCCCCGACGAACCGCGCGCCCUGCCCCCCGCCAUCGUCUCCGACAGCUUCCCCGACUCCAGCGACGCAUCGCUGACGGCGUUGACGAGUCAAGAGGAAGACAACGACGAGGACGAGGAGAAGGAAGAGCGCAGGCCUGGUCUGGGAGUCGUCACCCACGACGAGGAUUACGAUCGUAUGAGCAGCAGCAGCAGCAGCCCCUCCAGCAGCCGCAGUUGCACCACCACCUCCGAGGAUACGGAAGGCUUUCGGUGCCCACAACUGGGCUCUGGUCAGACCCCUGGCACCUACUUGGCCAUCGAGGAGGCCGUGUCUCCAGACUUCGACGACUACCAACCUGGAGACAAAAACAGAGUUAUUAUAUACCACAAGUUGCUGGACGAAAAUAUUGUGGCGCAUGAGAGCUCUGAACUGCAAGUGGACACAGCGGAUGCCCUGACGACCGAGGAAAUUGACGUGCGUCUGGACGAGUCCUCUCAGGAGGACCUCAAUGACGGCCAAGUGACCGUCAGAUGCGCCACUUCGGAUUCUUCCCCCAGGAGUCAUGGGGUGGAGCCUGACAUCUCGUCUCUUCGUUCUUUUCGAGAAACUCAGACCUCCUCACCUGCUAAGAAAUGUAAAACUCGCGCUACUGCUCGACUCGAUACUGAAGUAGUUGUGAUCGAACCCACUUGGCAUCAACCAGUUGCCGCUGAUUCCUCGUGUUACAAUCUUGACGAUUCUGGUUCGACGACUUUAGAACCCGUUCCUCCGGAGUCCAGUUGCCGUUUGGUUUCUCGCGAUGAUUCCUCUGGGAACGGAUCAGUUGGCGCUCCGCCUGCUCCAGCGUCCGCGAGCCUGACGACUGCGACCGUCGUGACAGCGUCCAGUGUCGCUGCUGUUCAUCACGGCUCACGACAAGGCAAGCGCAAAGAGCACGUCGACGAAGGUCUUUGCGAAGAACAUGAAGCCAAAGUUAUCAGGUCCACCGGCUCGUCCGACCACGCCCUCUUGUCUCUGCCGUUUUCGUGCGAUGCGCCCCCCGUAGCGACCAACUGGGACAAGUUGAUCCCGUCGCCAGCUGACGAAUCCGCCAGCGAAGCUGGUGUUGAGGAGAGCGACAGCAGUGUCCUGAACCAACCAUGUGGUCAGUGGAAUGACUUCGCGUCUGUCGGUGAGGUGUAUCUGGGGGAUAGCCAGGACGCUCCUGUACAGGACAGUGGGGAACCUUGGAUUACGGAUGCCGAUGUGGCCAGAACGCGUCGCUGGUCGGAGAGAUUCUACCCCGUCCGAUCCUCCGCCACCGAAUACCAGUCCCCGGAACGCCGACACCCUCACAAGUCCAAGAAAAGGAAGAGCAAGUCUCGCCGCCAUUCUAAGGAGAGCAGCGCGGCGAUCGCCAGCUGUGAGGGCAGCGAGGAGGAGAAGCUGAGCUCGUCCAGGCCUCAGAGCGGCGACGACGAUGAGAAUGACGGGCGCAGCAGCCCGGCUACCGACACGGACGGUCCUCCUAGGCCGGACUCGCUGAGCUCGCUGCUGGACCACAGCGAACCUGCCGUCACCAGCGAUCGCGGCCGCUGGCAGUCUCCGCCUCUGGACGAUCACCGCACCGCACUGCUCUACAGUCGCUACUCUGACGACGAAACAAAUCUGACGACAUCAAGCGGCCGUUCGUGGCACAAGUACGACCACCCACUGGCCAAGGACCCUCUGCCCACCACCACCAAUUCCUCCUUCUCGAGCGCCUUCAUCCAGGCGGUCGCUGGCAAAUACUCGGGCGGGGGGCCCUCACACAGGAAUAUCUCGGCCAUCAAGAAGCGCAUCAAGCGCUUCGAGGAAGACUUCGAACACAAGUUCGGGUAUAAGCCGUCGCACAGCGAGAAAAUGAAGCACAAAGAGAUUAAGAAGUAUAUGAGCGACCUCAACAAAGCAAGGAAGGAGCUUAAAACCAUGAAGGAAGGAGUCGCCGACCUCGUCUCCUCGUCUAAGGGCUUCUCGCUGUCACUGCUGCGUUGUCAGGAAUCUACGUCACUAGGCCAUUCGACGUUACCUGAUGUCGUUGACGCCACCCCUGACCACGCAGCCACUCUCAUCAAGGUCGAGGAACGACUAAGAGAUGGACGACAGUCUGACGACAGACCCAGCGAACUUUCGAAGAUGACGCUCGCGCAGAUGCAGGACGAGAAGACGUGCCUGCAGAAGGCGCUUCUCUAUUACGAGUCAAUCCAUGGGCGUCCGAAUACGCGCGACACAAGGGAACUGGCCAGGCCGCUCUACGACCGCUACCGUCAGGUCAAGAGGAGCGUCAGCCGCGCGCAGCUCCGCGCUAAGGAGAACGUCAACGAGCUGGCACCAAUAUUCGAGCACGUGGCCAUGGACUUCACGCUGGCGUCACCGCAGCACCGGAGCAGCCUCACGCCCGACUCUCUGCCCACCGAGCAGCUGCUGCUAUGCAAGGAGAAAUUAUUGCAGGAACAACGACGUCAGUCUGAAUCUCUCCGAUCGCCGGACUCCGAUGAUGAGGGACAGCAAGACUGUGGGCAAGAAGCUUCUCUUUCGGACAGCAGUGAUGUAAGCAAGCAGUCUUCUACUCUCGGAAAUCUUCAUUCUCUCCCGCUACACGAACUGAAAGAGCGACGUAGAGAAGCUAAAGAUCAGAAGAAGAAAUUGAGAAAGUCGUUGCGACAAUUUGAAGAGCGCUACGAGCGUGAACACGGCCACAAACUUGCUAAGGAAAAUAGAGGCUCCAUGGAGCAAAAUUAUCUUGAUUACAAGCACGCAAAAGCAAAGCUACGUCUUCUAGAAGCUCUUAUUGCAAAGAAAGCGCCUACGGAUGACGAGUUUUAAGAAGCCAUUUAUUUUAUUUUAAUAUAUAUUCGGCUUUGUUCUCAACUUCAUAGUUAUGAAGAAGUUUUUUAUCUGUUUAGUUUUGUUUUUAGUGAGCGUAUUUAACGAAUUUGUUUCUCACAUGUUACUGAUGAGAUAUGGAAAAAAACGUGUUCUUUCAUUUACACGUAGUCUCUACAUGUGCGAGUAAAGACGCUUAAUUUUUCUCAAGUGUGCCAAGCUAGGAACUUUUUUCUCUCAUUUUUUAGUCAUUGUUUUCGUAAUUCAAGUAUUUCUGAGUUAUUUUGUACUUCUACUUGGUUGCCACACAUUGCUGCGAAUUGGCAAUAACCCAAACUUAUAUGUAAAAAUAUUUUAUAUUUAUAUACUUAUUUCGAAAGUAUCAGGUUGUUUGAGAGAGUCAUAUUGGUCCCUUACUCGUUCAUUUUUUUUACUAUUUGUAGAUCUUAAAACAUCUGAUAUCUAGCAUUAUGCCCCAAGUGUAUGUGUCGUGCCUGGAAAGUAUUACCAUUCUUGUGCUUAGUCUUAACCCUGUACCGCCCUGUCGGACGCAUUUGUCCUCUGUAUAAUAACGCUAUUCCUACCUGAAUUGUAUGUUAAUUUGGGCGGUGAAGGGUUACAGAAGACGCGGCUCUGUUACAGGGCCUAGAGUUUGAAGGCGUUUAGCAAAGUUGUUGGGUCUGCUAGCUUUCUUUAUCCUCAUUAAUGCAAAACAAAUCUUUUGUUUGAAUCGAUUAUUUCUAAGUUGCAUUCUGUUCAUAAUUAAGAUAAAAUAGAGCUUUGUUUUCUGCGGAUACUUAGCACGGGAACGGUUUUUACGGGAAGAUUGUUAAGGAACAUUUUUUUUCUAGGUGUUUUUUCUCUUUUUAGACGUGAGAGUAGAAUCGGAAGUAUGCUUCAAAAUGUAUUGGUAAUCAUGGCAUACCCGCUUAUUUUGUACUCAUAGCGUUUAGUUGAUUUUGUUCAGAUUACUCUCGUUUUUUGUAUAGUUGGUGUGGACAUAUGCUUCUUGUUCAUUCCUUUAAUUUUUCUUCUCGUUGUAUAGUGUCAUUGUUAGAGCAUUUAAGGAGGUAUAUAACAUCUUAUAUGAGCAAAUUAACUAAACGUUCACUUGAACCGCUGCUUAUCACUACUCGCACCAGCUGCUACGCUUCGUUGCAUGCUUCGGUUGUCAUCCCAAAGUGCAAUUAUAAUUGUUCGAGGAGUUGCGUCUUGAGAGCGAUCACUUCCACGAGAUCACUUCUGUACCGUAACGUCUUGGUGCGCAUACGAGCUAAAUAGCACCACUUUCAUGCAAUGAUAUACUUGUUUUAGUUGUAAAGAACUUAUAGCUUACAGAUAUCUAAGUAUAUUUUGAGAGUCUAAAAUUAUUAGAAUUAGCACCGUAUUUGUAGUUAGUCACUUGUUGCUACUGAGAAGUUUAUGGGAAUGGUUUGGAAGGUGGGGCAGAAUUGACUUGCAAAUAUUUUUUAGCUGGAUGCUAUUUAUAUAGCUUUUGUUCCUGAGGAUUUUUCUCCGGAUAUCUUUAAAAGUUUCACUGGAUUGGCUUCAUCGCAUCAGGAACUACCUAUGUAAUGCAACCUUUGAUAUGCAUCAGUUUUAUUGGUGCGGUAUUCUUUGCGGCGAUGAAUGCAAGUACUACCCACAAGUGUGCACUGCGCCCCCUCAGUGCACGGUUUUGCCCACGGCUCUACUACACAAAAUCGUGGCGUGAACCUUUCUUUUGUUGUAUAGUUUCCUGCUGUACCUUUGCCAUGUGUCAAGGAUUUAAUGGAACCUUUUUCUAGCUCGUGGAAUUAAUUUUCAAGAAGAGAGUUUAAAUAAAUAAAAAAUAGCUGUUUAUU